AGCAAACAAAACAAUAAUAACUUUUUCUCUUCUUUAAAAACUGCAUGCAGUUUCCAAAUUAUUUUUACCAUUUUUUAAAAAAAUAUCUAUGAUUUUUAUCAGUUUUCAGUGAUUAAAAAUUUAAAAUCUGUUAAGUAAGUAGUAGCUAUGAGGGUACCUGUUGGUGUUCUUGAUUGGCUAUGGAGUUUUAUCAGCUUCUUGCCUUUCUUUUUGUUGCUCCUUAUACUUGGCCUCGUCAAAGCUGUGAUAAUAUGUCCAGUGGUGGUUGGGAUUCUUGUGAUUGGUAAUUCAGCAGUUAUUAUUGGUCUUUGGACUGCUCAUUUUCUAUGGACUUACUACUGUGUUGCAAGAACUAAGAGAAUUGGGCUAGUUUUGAAGAUUUUGGUGCUGCUGUUGUUGCCAAUUCCUUUGGUUCUUUGGCCAGUUGUUGGAAUUUUAGGAAGUUUUGUGGGUGGAAUUGGAUAUGGAUUCUUUGCUCCUCUUCUUGCUACUUUUGAGGCUGUUGGAGAGAAUGUUAGGGACAAAUUCUAUCAUUGUUUUGUUGAUGGUUCCUUAUCCACUAUCAGUGGGAGCUGCACAGUGGUACGAGAUUUGACAGAUUUUUGCUUCCAUUCUUACUUCUCUUACAUGGAUGAACUAAGUGAGAAAGUCUCGGAAGGCGAAAAACCUAUGGAUAUAAAGUUAUCAAAAUUACCAAGUUGCUUAAUGGUAAUCCUGAUUGCUGUGCCCGUAGAUGUGCUUAUGAUUACCGCUCUUGCUCUGUGGAAAAGCCCAUUCAUGUUGUUCAUAGGAUGGAAAAGGCUAUUAGAAGACUUGAUCGGUAGAGAGGGGCCGUUCUUAGAGACAGUUUGUGUUCCGUUUGCUGCUCUUGCCAUCAUACUUUGGCCUUUGGCUGUUGUAGGAGCUGUUCUGGGAGCAGUCGUGUCAAGCUUCUUUCUUGGACUUUACAGUGUGGUCAUAGUCCAUCAGGAAGAGUCGCUUCUGAUGGGACUUGCCUAUGUUGUAGCCGUGAUUUCUCUAUUUGACGAAUAUGUAAACGAUUUACUUUACUUGAGGGAAGGAUCACGCCUGCCCAGGCCUAGAUAUAGAAAAAACAUGGAGAAUCUGAAUGCAGAUGAAAGCAACACUGGCUUGAAGAACAGAAGAGAAAACUCGCUCGAAACAAAAUUAUUCUCACAAAGAUCGAGAACACUGAAGUUGGCAAUCCAACAGUAUAAACCAGUUCAUGUAUGGGAUUGGUUAUUUAAAUCGUGUGAGGAGAACGGCAGGACACUUUUACGUGAAGGCCUGAUAAAUAUCAAGGAUAUUGAGGCAUGCUUUACAAAGGGUGAUUGUAAGAAGUUGGGCAUCAAACUUCCAGCUUCGUCUCUAUUACAAUGUCUGCUUGUCUCUGCGAAAUCUGACUCGCCUGGGUUGGUGAUGUCAGAUGAUGCAGAGCUGACAAUGAAUAAUGGACCAAGGGAUAAAUUGUUUGAGUGGGUGAUCGGACCGUUACUAAUCAUGAAAGAGCAAAUAAAGAAACUCCAAUUAGAUGAAAAUGAAGAAGCCUGCCUGAGAAAGAUAAUUAUAAAGUGUAAAAAUGAGAAGCCUGAGGACUGGGACGAGUGUGGAUUUUCAUCCGAAGACAAUGUCAGACGAGCACAGUUGCAAGGCAUACUUAGAAGAUUGGAGGGUGUCGUAGCUGCCAUGACCCGCAUACCAACAUUUCGACGUCGUUUUAUGAAUUUGGUCAAGGUGUUGUAUGUGGAGUCAAUCCAGGCUGCUGCUUCUCCUAGUCAAAGUGGAAACGCAUUAAAGUACAAACGAUCAAUCAAGAGCUCGAAAGACAACAGCAGCGACAAAAAAGAUAGCAGAAAUGGAACUGAAAAAGAGGCAACGAAUCGGACAUCUGAUGAUGAGAUUAUAGUGUAAUUAGACCGAUCCUUGGAAAUGAAAAAGUUUGUAUAUAUGAAGCUGGUAGAAUUUUAGUGUUCAUGUUUGCAUUAAAAUGUAGUAAAUUAAUUUCUAAAGAGUUACCUUAGAGCAAAUGUUUGAUAUUAUGUAAAAAUUGAUUACUUAUUUCCCAAGUCAUAUUAGGCUGAUUUUACA